AUGGAUACCACCUCAGUUGCCAAGAAAUCUACAGCAGCUUGUAAGGAUAAAAAAGGUGAAGUACAGUGUUUGUCGUCCAAUGGACAGCGAUCAGUCUGCAUUGUGCCUCAGGCUGAACUAGUUCUCAAUAUAGACCCGAAGGUACCCACUGAUGAAUGCGAGCCUGGGGAAACUUAUGGAAGACAUGGGGAUGAAAUUUGGGUGUCUGGAAAAUGCGGCGGGAAAUUCGAAAUUUGUUAUAGAGAAGUGGCUGCUAAAGAAGUUUCUGAAGACUGCGUAAAGACAGCAGAUGGUAGUGAUUACACAGGGACGUUAAAUAAAACUAAAUCCGGCAAAACCUGUCAAGCCUGGUCAUCUCAAACACCACAUAAACACAGAUUUACCUCCCUUCCAAACAACUACUGUCGUAAUCCAGACGGUGAACCCCACGCUUGGUGCUACACCACCGAUCCCAACAGUCGAUGGGAGUUCUGUGAAAUUUCUCAGUGCAAGACGCCAGCUCCAGGAGAAGCAGACGAAUGUCUUCUGGAACCAAAAGGACAAAGCUACCAGGGAACCAAAAAUGUAACGAAGUCAGGACUGAAAUGCCAAGCAUGGUCUGUGAAGACGCCUCACAGUCAUUCUUUUACCAAGAGUCUCGGCAAUCAAGAGAACUAUUGCAGAAACCCUGAUGGAGAGCCAAAACCUUGGUGUUACACGACAGAGAAAGACACCCGCUGGGAAACCUGUGAUAUUCCGGAAUGUGCUGCCUGUAAAAUUGAACAAGAGAAAGGUCCUGACUGCAAAGUCCUUUACAAGAUAUCUGGAGGUUGCUAUUACCAGUCACACUAUAGAAACGAAUGCAAAUACAGUGUAAAAAUAGAUAAAGAUGGCGCUGGGAAACUGAAAGCAGAUGUCAAAUACGGAUCAACAAAGUUUUCUCUUAAGGAAGGAAAAAGCGUCAACAAGUGUGCUUAUUUCAAAGUAAUGGGAGACUACCUUGUGAUAGAGGACACGCUGACCCAUGGAUGUUAGAAUUUCGGUAAAAUGAAAACUCUAUCGUCUACAUUGUUUACUUGAACGUUUUAUUUUUUCCUAUAUUGAAUGUAAUAUUAAUCUGAAUAAUUUUUUCUGCAGCAAAAAGAAGUGUCACGUCGCAAUAUCUAGAUAUAUCUGUAUUAAAAAUUCAAUAAAUUUUAACGAUUAAGAAAAGCACACACCUUGCAAUAAUAAAGUUAAUAUCAUUAAU